GUCUGCAAAACCUUUACUUGGCCAGAACGAAACUCUCAUCUCCUAUAUCUAGGUUUUCAAUCACAACAAUCUCAGUUUUAAUCAACACUCUUCGAUUCUCACUCUCAAGUUUUUGCAACAUUCACAAUGGCACCAGAUCCAAACAACGCUAGCGGAAGCGGAGCAGCAGAUGCAUCGCUCAAAGCUCCCAAGGAUCUUAAAAAGAAGGACGAUAAGAAAGACGAGGAUCUCUCGGAAGAGGAUUUGGCACUGAAGCAGCAGUUGGAAUUGUAUGUCGAAAGAGUCCUGGAAUCUGAUCCUGGUUUACAGAAGGUUGCGCUGGAAAGCAUGAGACAGGAAAUUCGGACUUCAACAAGCUCCAUGACUUCGGUCCCAAAGCCAUUGAAGUUUUUGCGUCCUCAUUAUGGAACACUGAAAGCACAUUAUGAAACUAUGGAAACUUCUGAUGUGAAGAAACUACUUGCAGACAUACUUUCAGUUUUGGCGUUGACCAUGUCCGCUGAAGGAGAACGGGAGAGUUUGAAAUAUAGAUUAUUGGGUUCUGAAGGUGAUAUUGGCUCAUGGGGUCAUGAGUAUGUGAGGAACUUGGCUGGAGAAAUUGCACAAGAGUAUACAAAACGACAGAGUGAAGAGGCCACAAUUGAUGAUUUGAUGGAUCUUGUGAAACAAAUUGUUGCAUUUCAUAUGAAGCAUAAUGCGGAGCCUGAGGCUGUCGAUCUUCUAAUGGAGGUUGAAGACCUAGAUUUACUAAUGGACCAUGUCGACAAGACGAAUUAUAAAAGGACAUGUCUUUACCUUACCAGUUCAGCCAAAUACCUUCCUGGACCAGAUGAUGUGCUAGUCCUAGAUAUCGGAUACAUGAUAUAUAUGAAAUUUGAAGAAUACCCCAGGGCUCUUCAAAUUGCUCUAUUUCUGGAUAACAUGCAGUAUGUGAAGCAGGUUUUCACCUCUUGCAGUGAUAUGCUGCGGAAGAAGCAAUUUUGUUACAUCCUUGCUCGGCAUGGAAUUACUUUUGAGCUCGACGAGGAAAUGUGUGCUGAUGAUGAAGAGAGGGAGGCACUGCAAGAGAUUGUCAACAAUACAAAAUUAACUGAAGGUUAUCUUACCCUUGCUCGUGAUAUAGAAGUCAUGGAGCCCAAGUCUCCUGAAGACAUUUAUAAGGCACAUUUGCUUGAUGGUCGGGCUAGUGCAAGUGCAACCGUGGAUUCGGCUAGGCAGAACCUGGCGGCAACUUUUGUUAAUGCCUUUGUGAAUGCCGGUUUUGGUCAAGACAAGCUAAUGACAGUACCAUCGGAGUCCGCAAGUGGCGGUUCAUCAGGGAAUUGGCUUUUCAAGAACAAAGAACAUGGGAAGGCUAGUGCUGCUGCAAGUCUGGGGAUGAUUUUGCUUUGGGAUGUUGACUCUGGACUUGCACAAAUUGACAAGUAUUUCCAUAGUAAUGACAGCCAUGUCAUAGCAGGUGCAUUGCUAGGUGUUGGGAUUGUGAACUGUGGAAUAAAAAAUGAUUGUGAUCCUGCUUUAGCGCUUCUUGCUGAUUAUAUUGACAAAGAAGAGUCAUCUAUUAGAAUCGGUGCAAUAAUGGGUCUUGGUCUUGCAUAUGCUGGUUCUCAGAAUGAACAGAUUCGGAGUAAGUUGACUCCUAUCCUAGGAGAUUCAAGGGCACCUCUUGACGUGAUUGCUUUCACAGCAAUCUCACUGGGAUUGGUUUAUGUUGGUUCUUGCAAUGAAGAUAUAGCACAGGCAAUCAUAUUUGCGUUGAUGGAUCGUAGUGAAUCAGAACUGGGGGAGCCUCUUACCCGCUUUUUGCCUCUCGGACUUGGUCUCCUUUAUCUUGGAAAACAGGAAAGUGUGGAGGCCACCGCUGAAGUUUCAAAAACAUUUAACGAUAAAAUUAGGAAAUACUGUGACAUGACCUUGCUUUCUUGUGCCUAUGCUGGAACAGGGAAUGUUCUGAAGGUCCAGCACUUUCUUGGUCAGUGUGCGCAGCAUCUUGAGAAGGGCGAAACCUAUCAAGGUCCUGCUGUACUGGGAAUAGCUAUGGUAUCUAUGGCAGAAGAACUUGGUGUCGAAAUGGCUAUUCGCUCUCUAGAGCAUCUUUUACAAUAUGGGGAACAGAAUAUCAGAAGAUCAGUCCCAUUGGCUCUUGGGCUCCUCUGCAUAUCAAACCCCAAGGUUAAUGUUAUGGAUACAUUAAGUCGACUUAGUCAUGAUGCAGAUACAGAAGUAGCAAUGGCUGCUGUUAUCUCCCUGGGGUUGAUAGGUGCGGGAACUAACAAUGCUAGAAUAGCAGGCAUGCUACGCAAUCUAUCAAGUUAUUACUACAAAGAAGCUAGCCUCCUCUUCUGUGUGCGGAUUGCUCAGGGUCUCGUACACAUGGGAAAGGGCUUGUUGACUCUUUCUCCUUACCACUCCGAACGGUUUUUAUUGUCCCCGACGGCACUUGCUGGAGUUGUAACUUUGCUGCAUGCUUGUCUUGAUAUGAAAGCCAUAAUCCUAGGCAAAUACCAUUAUGUUCUUUACUUCGUUGUUUUGGCGAUGCAGCCAAGGAUGUUAUUAACCGUGGAUGAAAACCUCAAACCACUGUCUGUUCCUGUUCGGGUUGGUCAAGCUGUUGAUGUUGUUGGUCAGGCAGGCAGGCCCAAAACCAUUACUGGUUUUCAGACCCAUUCAACCCCUGUACUUUUGGCAGCUGGCGAUAGAGCUGAACUCGCAACAGAAAAGUACAUUCCGCUAUCACCCAUCUUAGAAGGCUUUGUCAUCUUAAAAGAGAAUCCAGAUUACAAAGAGGAUAAUUAGGUACCCUGGAGUAAUCUGAAUUCUGCAAUUAGCCCCCGUGUCACCAUGAAGGGAUUUGGGAAACUAAUUUAAUUUGUGAUGCUUGAUUCAUUUACAUAGUUUCUCAGGAAAAUUCCAUACAAAAGCCUUUGAUUGGAGAUGCCAGCACAAAGCUGUAACAGCAGUAUGAUGAGGAUAUUGCCACUUGUGUAUUAUGGUGUAAUAUUCUUAUUGGUAAUGAUGUUGGGGCAGUUUUUUUCUCUUAGUUUUUGUUUUUAACUGUUAUUUUGAUCGAAACACGUUUUACCUUACAUGUCAUAUGUGUACUUGAUUGGGUAGGUAGAUGGACUGAGGUGUACGUGAUGAAUUAUAAUUCAGAUGCAGUCAGGGCUGAUCUCAUUUCUAGUUUCCAAAUACAGAUCGUUUGUUUUGAAUA